GCGGUGCGGUGGUGGGUGGUAAACAACGCAAGUUAGAAUAGAAAUGCCAGUUAUUUCCUGAUCAACUGAGGGAUCUAUUUGAGCAGUUCGUUGUGUCAUUUGACGACCGAGCAACAAGCUCACUCUCAUUAUUUCCCAGUACCUUUUUCUUGUGGAAAACUCAACUUCUUUAUGGUCAUGGCCGGGCUCGCUGUGGAGUCGUACAUCAUCGACAAACCGGAGGGCGGCGAGAAGCCCGUUGACAGGGAAAAGACCUGCCCUCUCUUGCUCCGCGUUUUCUGCCGCACGGGCCGACACAACUCCCCCGAAGACUAUGUCCGAGGAAAUGUGCCAGCCAACGAAUCGCAGAUCUACACUUGGAUGGACGCUACACUCAGAGAGAUCACAAGUUUAAUGAAAGAAGUCAAUCCAGAUGCACGCAAGAAGGGAACUGUCUUUGACUUCAGUCUUGUUGCUCCCAAUAUGGGUCCAGGACCUGUGAGCUUCCGCAUGCGCCACAUUGGCACCACUACAUCUGGUGUAAAAGGGACAGAUGACAAUAAAACCCUAACUAAUUGCAGAUUCCAGAUUGGUGAUUACAUGGACAUCUCUAUCACAAGCCCAAUGAGAGCACCCAUGGAUAGAGAAAGAGGACCAAUUCGCAGAGGAGGUCCUAGAGGUCCAUACUGAUCGAGUUCUGAAAAUUAUUAACUUCAAUUUUAAUGUUUAGGAUAAAACUCAUUUUGUAUAUCUCCAUUCCUUCAAUUGUUGUAGAGUAGAUAGCAAAGAGUCAUUGAUUUAAGAUUUCUUUUCCAUAUUCUUGUGUGUGAGGGUGAUAUAUUUUAAAUAACAACUCUACCUUUGACAGUA